CGUCGACGCGUCGACGCUAAUUCGCGGCUGUCUGGACCAGCGAUUUACUAGGCCGUACUACGGUCGCUAUCUAUUUCUUCGGUCGUCAUCGAACGGCGUGGCGCAGCGCGCCCCAGGACCGCGACAUAGGGCUGAGGCCAGCAGCGGUGAAGUAGCAUGGAGCUUGACCCCGCCGAGAAGCCCGGCUUCACGCGGCGCCUGGUGAAGCGCACGUCGAGCAUGCUCGACGGCGCGUCCCAGCGCACGGCGAACUGGCUGAACCGCUGGUUCCCGCACCCGUCGACGGAGGAGGGCAACGUGCAGUGCAUAAAAUCAAAUUGUCGUGGCGCGUCGCGUUCUCGCCGAGAAAGGACUUAGUGAAGAAUUAUGCACCCGACUCACUAUUUGAUUUGCUCACAGGCGAUGCCUACACGGCGAAGAUGGAGAAAGUCUACAGCCAGGGCUGCGACCCCGUGACCGGCGCGCCCAACCUCGACUUCGAGCCGAUGCAAAAGGACGCGGGCCACAGCGGCGUCUUCCUGCCGUCGUCGGGCCUGACGGGCACGGAGCACAACCCGCUCCCGGCCCACCACAUGCCCACCUACUGAUCGCCGAUCGAACUGUACAUAUGUUGUCCAUAGCUGUUCAUAAUCAUACCUC